GUGCGCCGGGAUUAUCGCUUUAGUUUGCUUAACAAAAUUUCAAAUGCACAAUAGAAAUAAAAAACUUAAUAAAUUGCGUUUAGCAAAUUAAAAAGAAAAAUUCCCAUCGAUGCUAUCGUUAGCUAUUGUUUAAUUUAACUAAAUGCGCAGCCAUCGGCGAAAUCUAACUAAUGUGCAUAUGUAUUAGUGUGCGAUCGCGAAUGCAAAAAAAAUGCAAUAUACGUUUGUGUUAAUAAAUAGAAACAUAUCGGAAGCAAGUGGUUCGUUCUAAGAAAUACCAAAUAUAAAAAAACCCAAUCAAAAAUGUAUGGCGACAACAACAACAACAACAACAAUAACAAAAAUAACAACUGCGGCGCGAUAAUAAUAAAAAACACAAUAACGGUAACGGCAACAAAAGUGAACAAGUGUUAAACAAUCAAAAGGCAAACAAAUUAAAAGAAUGUACAACAAAUACAUAGUGCGAAAAAUACGAAUGUAAAUCACGUUAAGAAAAAAUAAUAUCUACAAAAAGAGAGAGAGAGAGAGAGAGAGAAAGAUAUAGAAUAAAAAAACAUAAAGUUUAUCUAACUGUAAAAACAGCAACGUGGGAGGCGUCUCAACGACCGAGCAAACAAACGAGCCAAUACAGAGAGAGAAAGAGAGAGAGCAAGAGAGUGGAGAGAGAAAGAGAGAGAGAGAUCGAGAUCGUGGCGAGCAAGAGACAAGGCCAUCCAUUAAUAUAUGGAUAAAAGUAAACAAGUGUGCGAAACAUACCAAAUAACAACAACAACAUCGUCGCCUAUUAUACAAGUUCAAAGUUAAAAAGCAGCUGCAAUAACGACAUCAAUAAUUACAACAACCAGGAAAGCGCCAAUUGCAGGAAUUUCGUGCAGCGACUGCAGAAGUUGUCGCUGUUGUUAUCAUAGCAGUAACAACAACAACACUUUCAACACAAACAACAACAACAAGAACACGGCAAUAAUAACAACAAAAUACGAAAAACAAUCGCCGUGUAAAUCCGUUAGCACCCAUAGGCGUCGCGCUGAACGGCCCCGGCCUAAGGGGCCAUGACGCGUUGGCCCUUUAACUUACUACUAUUGCUCUCGGUGGCAGUACGCGACUGUAGCAAUCAUACCAUCCUCACAGUCGGCUAUCUGACGGCCCUCACUGGCGACCUCAAGGAGCGCCAGGGUCUGUCCAUAUCCGGUGCGCUGACAAUGGCACUGAAUGAGAUCAACACAGAUCCCAAUUUGCUGCCAAAUGUAACGUUAGCGCUGCGCUGGAAUGAUACCAAGGGUGAUACGGUGCUGGCCACCAAGGCCAUCACCGAGAUGAUAUGCGAUGGCAUUGCGACCAUAUUUGGCCCCGAAGGACCUUGCUAUGUGGAAGCAAUUGUCUCGCAGAGUCGCAACAUUCCAAUGAUUUCCUAUAAAUGCGCAGAGAAUCGUGCAUCCUCAAUACCAACAUUUGCACGCACCGAGCCGCCCGAUAAGCAGGUUGUCAAGUCACUGAUUGCAUUGCUGCGAUAUUACGCAUGGAAUAAGUUCUCCAUACUGUACGAGGAGGUGUGGGGCACCGUUGCCGAUCUGCUCAAGGAGCAGGCAAUUAAAAAGAAUAUGACCAUCAAUCAUAAGCAAUCGUUCAUGGAUGAUUAUGGCAAGUGCUGUGAAAUGAUGAUGUCCUGCUGUCGCUCCGGCUAUUGGUAUCAGGUGGUGCAAAACACAAUGAAUCGCACGCGUAUCUAUGUGUUCCUUGGCUCGUCGAACAGCUUAACGGACUUCAUGAGCUCGAUGGAGACGGCAGGUUUGUUUGCGCGUGGCGAGUACAUGGUCAUCUAUGUGGACAUGAUGGUCUAUUCCGAGCGUGAGGCCUCCAAGUAUUUGCGCAAAGUGGAUCAAAUCACGCGCAUGAAGAACUGCAAGAGCACCGAGAACUUUAAUCAAUUGGCACGCAGUCUGCUCGUUGUGGCAUCCACACCGCCCACUAAAGGAUACGAGGCGUUUACGGCCCAAGUACGCAACUACAGCUCGAUGCCGCCAUUUAAUUUCACCGUGCCCGAGCUCUUCUCACAGAGCAAGUUUAACAAGUUUGUUUCGAUAUAUGCCGCGUAUUUGUAUGAUUCGGUCAAGCUCUAUGCCUGGGCAUUGGACAAAAUGCUGCGCAUGGAGGAGCGCGUUCUCACCGAUGAAGUCAUCUCCGAUGUGGCCAGCAAUGGCACGCGCGUUAUCGACACCAUCAUCAAAAAUCGUACUUAUAUGAGUGUCACCGGUUCCACAAUCAAGAUCGAUCAGUAUGGCGACUCAGAGGGCAAUUUCUCGGUGCUGGCUUACAAGCCGUACAAAUGGAACAUAACCGAGAAUAUACGUUGCAAUUAUCAUAUGGUGCCCGUUGCAUAUUUCCAUCAAGGCGAAGAACUUCCAGAGUAUAAACUGAUUAAUGGUUCGAUUGAUUGGCCAUCGGGUGGCGAGAAACCCACCGAUGAACCCAUGUGUGGAUUUGCCAAUGAGCUGUGCAAAAAGGACGAUACACACUACACAUCCACGGUGGCAGCCGUUGUGUUGGGUGUGCUGCUCUUCUGCUCCGGCGUAGUCACCAUGUCCAUCUAUCGCAAGUGGAAGAUUGAGCUGGAGAUUGAGGGUCUACUCUGGAAGAUUGAUAUAUGCGAAAUCAAAGGCUAUUCCGGCAACGAAAUUGUCGCCUCGCCCAGCAAAGUCAGUUUGAUGAGCGCUCAGAGCUAUGGCUCUCGGUGGUCGCAUCAGUUUGUCACCUCAACGGCGCGUUUGCGCGGUGCCGUUGUGCGCAUCAAGGAGUUGAAGUUUCCCCGCAAACGCGAUAUCUCGCGAGAGAUCAUGAAGGAGAUGCGUUUGCUGCGUGAAUUGCGUCAUGAUAAUAUCAACAGUUUCAUUGGCGCCUGUGUGGAGCCCACACGCAUAUUGCUAGUCACCGAUUAUUGCGCCAAAGGCAGUCUCUACGACAUCAUUGAGAAUGAGGACAUUAAGCUGGAUGAUUUGUUCAUCGCCUCGCUCAUCAAUGACCUCAUCAAGGGCAUGAUGUACAUACACAGUUCACAGCUGAUCUAUCAUGGCAAUCUCAAAUCCUCGAAUUGUGUGGUCACCUCCCGCUGGAUGCUGCAGGUCACCGACUUUGGCCUACACGAGCUGCGCCAGUGCGCCGAAAGCGAGUCCAUUGGCGAGCAUCAACACUACAGAAAUCAACUUUGGCGCGCACCGGAACUGCUGCGCAAUCAUAAUCUGCAUGGCAGCCAGAAGGGCGACAUUUAUGCAUUCGCUAUCAUCAUGUACGAGAUAUUUAGUCGUAAGGGUCCGUUUGGACAAACCAACUUUGAACCAAAGCAAAUUGUGGACUUAGUAAAGCAGCUGCCCAUGAAGGGCGAGGAGCCAUUUCGACCCGAGGUCGAGUCCAUCAUUGAGGCCGAAUCGUGUCCAGACUAUGUGCUGGCCUGCAUCAAGGACUGCUGGGCCGAGAAUCCCGAGGAGCGGCCCGAAUUCGGUGCCAUACGCAAUCGCCUGAAGAAGAUGCGCGGCGGCAAGACCAAAAACAUCAUGGAUCAAAUGAUGGAAAUGAUGGAGAAGUAUGCCAACAAUUUGGAGGAUAUUGUCUCAGAGCGCACGCGUCUGCUGUGCGAGGAGAAAAUGAAAACGGAGGAUUUGCUGCAUCGCAUGCUGCCGCAGUCCGUGGCCGAGAAACUGACCAUGGGCCAGGGCGUUGAACCCGUCUCCUAUGAUCUGGUGACGAUCUACUUCAGCGAUAUUGUGGGUUUUACGGCCAUGUCGGCGGAAAGCACACCGUUGCAGGUGGUUAACUUUUUGAAUGAUCUCUACACGGUGUUCGAUCGCAUCAUACGCGGCUAUGAUGUGUACAAAGUGGAGACCAUAGGCGAUGCCUACAUGGUGGUCUCUGGUUUGCCUAUUAAGAACGGCGAUUGCCAUGCGGGCGAAAUAGCUUCGAUGGCUCUCGAUCUGCUGCACGCAGUGAAACAGCAUCGCAUUGCCCAUCGGCCCAACGAGACGCUAAAGCUGCGAAUUGGUAUGCACACCGGGCCUGUGGUUGCCGGCGUUGUGGGUCUCACGAUGCCGCGAUAUUGUCUCUUUGGUGAUACGGUCAACACGGCGUCGCGCAUGGAGAGCAAUGGCGAGGCGCUCAAGAUACACAUAUCGAACAAGUGUAAGCUGGCGCUGGAUAAACUCGGCGGCGGCUAUAUCACCGAGAAACGCGGCCUGGUCAGCAUGAAGGGCAAGGGUGAGGUCGUCACAUGGUGGCUGACGGGCGCCAAUGAGAAGGCGAUACAAAAGAAGCAUGUGGAUAUGACGGAUAUGCCGCCGCCUUUGUUUAGUCGUCCACGCAAGAGUCCCAAACUCAAUCCGGACUCGCGGCAACCCAGUUUGCUGGCCAUGCACAAUUGUGGCGCCGGUUCGCGGCGUCAGAGCAGCGUGCCACGGCCCACGGAUGUAGAGUCUACGUACAGUUUGCAGGGCUCCGUCUAUCAGGUGGCACGCGAGUCGCCGAGAUUGCCAGCGAAGAGGGAAAGGGAGCGAGAACGAGAUCGGGAACGAGAGCGACCCUCGCUCAAUGGACUGGGUGGACAUUUCGUAGGUGGUGCGCUGCUGGAGUCCGCCCAGGCCUCGCUCAGCACGCUGAAUCAUUCCGAUACAAAUGAAACGAACUGUGAUACUAACGAAGCCGCCAUUCUCGAUGGCGAACUGGAGCUAAACGGCGGCAUCGGUGGUGCAUCCGCCGUCGCCGCCGCAGCCGCCGCUGCUAGCCUCAUUCGACAGCCGAAUGCGCUGCACAAGCCGUUGGCCAUGGUGCGACCGCAUCGCAUUAUUAGCGCCGCGCAGCUGCCCCUCGAUCAGGUCAUGUCCAGCUCAGCGUCGUCGUCAGCCGCGCAUCAUGUUGCGGAGCUGCUGUUGCGUGAGUCACGCUCGCUGGAUCCGAUGCCGCAGCAGCAGCUGCGCAAGCGGCACGAGCGUGGCAAGUUGCCGCCAUCGAAGCUGUCCAAGAAUAACUCACGCUCCCUGGACACGGGCGUCUCGCUGAUUAGCGGCAAUCCCAAUGGCGAUGUGGCCGUCGAGGAUGAAACGGACGAGCUGGGCGCCAAUCCCGUGGAUGGCAAUGAUGGCUACGACGAUGAGGUCGGUCUGCUGAUGCGACACGACAACGGACAGCUGCCGCCGCUGCGCUACUCGAACAGCUUUGCGAAUGCCCAUCCCACCAUUGUGCCCACAGGGAUGAGCAGCACAGGCGGCGGCAGCAGCAGCAGCAACAGGCGACGCACCAGCAACGUGUCGACGAGCAGCUGUGCCAAGCAUUUGAACAACAAUUGCAACGGCGGCAUGAGCAUCGAUGAGGACAUGCAAUCGCCGCUGCUGCAGCGUCAAGCGUCGCUCACCACGCCGCCCGAGGAGUUGAUGGCGCACUCCAAGCGCUGGCACUCACUCGAACACAUGGAGCCGGGCGUCACCGGACAUGGCAACAGCGUCAGCUAUGCCGCCGACAUCGAUGGCCGCCACGAUGCGUCGGGCGAUGGUGUUGGCGGUGGCUUGGAUGGCCAUGUGGGUCUCAAUCAGCGGGGAGCACGCAGCAGCAAACUGGGCAAUUGGGUAGCCAAUUUCUUCAAGGGCAACGGCAUGCGCAACAGCAACAGCAGCACCAAUGGCAACGGCAACGAAUCGACGCUGCGACGAGCCGGCGCUGGAUUCACCAAUAUGACGGCAGCUGCUGCUGCUCGGGAUCGUGAGAGUAUUGUGUAGUUUGGAGGAGCGGAUAGAGAUCGGAGAGAGGAGGAGAAACAGAGAGGAGAUGGAGGAAAGUUACUCAGGAACAGUGCGAGCUGGUAAAAAAUAGGAAUGUCGAAGGAUUCAACAAAAACAAAAUAGAAGAAAAUCGCAUACAUAAAUAGAAUUUCUUUCGGCUUAUUUCAUUGUUGUAUGUUCAUUGUCGUUUUGUGUCGAUUUGUUGUGUGUCUGUGCUUCAACUCUCUAAAAGCGAUAUAUAUCAACUAAAUAUAUACAUAUAUAUUAUAUGAUCAUCUUAAACAAUAACGAAAUGCAUAUACAUAUUAGAGUAAUUAAACGAUUAACAACAAUAACAUCAACAACAACAACAACAAAAAGAGAAAACGAACCGUCUAGUCACAAGGUCUUCAGACUAGUUAUUGUUUUAUAUAAACUACAAGUAAAAUAUAUAAUUAAAUGGAAUAUAUAUAUAUAUGCAUAAUACCACACACACACACACACUACACCACACACACACACUCACACAUACAUAUAUUUAUAUGCAGUAUACUAUACAAAAAAAAAAAAAAGAAAACUAAAGAAAAAGAAAAUUUUGCUUUUCCAC